AAACUAUGUACACAGUAAUGCUGUCCUUGUUUUGAGCUCAUAAGACAGUUCCAGCUGUGGUGUUUGCACUCUUGUGGGAGGCAUCAUGGAGAGAACUGUGGUGCAAAUCGCUCUCUUUGGGCUGUUGCUGGCUUUGGCCUCUACACUGCCAAACAAGGAUGACUGGGACGUCUACAGCUUUCACAUCAACUCCACAGUGACCAGUCGUUAUGCCACCACUGUCAUCACAAGCCGUGUGGCCAAUCGUAUGGACGAAUCAAAGGAAAUUGAAUUCCAUGUUCGGAUUCCCAAGAAUGCCUUCAUCAGUAAAUUUCGAAUGUUUAUCGAUGGCCAAGUUUAUGAUGGUGUUGUGAAAGCUAAGGAGCAAGCUCAGCAGCAGUACACUGAAGCUGUGUCACGUGGUGAAAGUGCUGGACUUGUCAGUUCUGUAGGAAGGACUCUGGAGGAAUUUAAGACCUCUGUAACUGUGGCUGCUCACAAAAAGGUCACUUUUGAACUCACAUAUGAGGAACUGAUGAAACGCACACAUGGCAAGUACGAGCUGCAAAUUCAUGCUCGACCCAUGCAGCCUGUCAAAGACUUCAAGGUGGAUGUGUACAUUCACGAGGAAGCUGGCAUCAGUUUCAUCGAUGUCAAAGGAGGCCUGAGCACCAAAGACCUCGCUAAUGCCAUUACUAAAACACAUGCAGAUAAACAGGCGUGGGUGUAUUUCUAUCCAACAGUCGACCAACAGAAAAUGUGUGACAGCUGUGGAGAUCAGGGUAUGAAUGGAGAUCUGGUUAUUGUUUAUGAUGUUAACAGGGAUAAUGGACUGGGACACAUCAAGAAAUCUGACGGGUACUUUGUUCAUCAUUUUGCUCCAUCUGAUCUUCCUCGAAUACCAAAAAAUGUCGUCUUUGUUAUUGAUCAAAGUGGCUCAAUGCAUGGCAGAAAAAUUGAGCAGACUAGGAUCGCAUUACUCCACAUUUUGAAUGAUCUGGCAGAAGAUGAUCACUUUGGUCUGAUCACUUUUGAUGACAGAAUUUCUUACUGGAAGCGAGAACUCGUUCAGGCCAACAGGAAAAACCUGGAAAGCGCCAAAAACUUUGCACGCAAUAUUCAAGACAGAGGAUCCACAGACAUAAAUGAAGCAGUGUUACAAGGAGCACGUAUGCUGAAUGCACAUAACAGAGAAGGUUCAGCAUCUAUCCUUAUACUUCUCACAGAUGGAGACCCAACCUCAGGGGUGACAAAUCUGGAGAAAAUCCAGUCAAAUGUAAGACAGGCUAUUGCAGGCAAAUUCCCACUGUACUGUCUUGGUUUUGGUUUUGAUGUUAAUUUUAAUUUCCUUGAGAAAAUGUCGCUGCAAAAUAACGGUGUGGCACGGCGGAUAUAUGAAGACUCUGAUGCUGAUUUACAGCUGAAGGGUUUCUAUGAAGAGGUGGCCACACCUCUACUGACAGAUGUGACAAUGAUCUAUGUGGGUGGGACCAAUCUAACCCAGACUAACUUCAGUCACUAUUAUAAUGGUUCUGAGAUUGUGGUGGCCGGUGAGAUCACAGAUAAUAACAUUGAAACCUUCACCCCUCAAGUUGUGGCCAUUUCGAGUAAUAGAAGAAUAACAUUCUCUAAUCCAAAUGAAACUGUGGAAUCUACUGGAACAGUGUCUGAUGACCAUAUCCAGAGGGUUUGGGCAUACCUCACAGUUAAACAGCUUCUAGACAAAGAACUUCAGUUAUCUGGACCUGAGAAAGAGAAAGUGAAGAAGGAGGCUUUGGAGCUGUCACUGAAGUACAGUUUUGUGACCCCUCUCACAUCCAUGGUGGUCACAAAGCCCCUGGGAGAGACCACUGAUGUGCUUCAUAAACCAAAGGAAGGUGAAAGAUCACAGACAAGGCCGCCCUCCAGAGGCCAUCCCAUUUUAAGACAACCUACUGGUGCUAGUGGAAGUGGUUUUCGUAGUACUGGUAGCUUUCCUCAUCAGCGGUACAAACACAGACAAUAUACUCCUUUUAGAGGAUACGGCGCUCGCAUGCCUGGACUAUGGCACGCUCUAGAAGGACCAUGGGACGCUGACUUGUUUGAUUUAGAAGCAGAUUAUUCGGAUUAUGAAUUCUUCCUACCUACAGUAUCUGCUCCUAUGGAAACAACUGAUGCUCCUCUUCUCCACAGGUUUUUGCUGAAAGCUGAGAAACAAACUAUUCCAGUGUGCUUUGAUGUGAGUGGAGCUGUCCUCCUUAAACUUCUUCAUCAUCCCAGUGGAGAGCUUUACGUGAAUGGUGAGCUUGAUUCAGUUACAAAUGGAGGCUUCAACAAAAUUGUAAUCCACUUUAAAACUGACCAGCAUGUUGAGAUUGACACCAAGGGGGUCACUGUACGAGAUGGACAGGCAGUGACACAUCACACUGGGCAGGAUAUCACCACAGCAGGAAGUGUGACAGUGAUUGUGCGCAACAAGGAAAUAGACAUUGGAGCUGGAGAUAUGCGCCUGGUCAUUUUAGUUCAUGAGAAAAAUGGUCAUAAAUUCCUUUGGCCAGUUUUAAGACAGCAUCCCUCGGCCAACAACAUGCAAGGACUUUUAGCUCUAGAGCCAAUAGUUUAUGAGGAGGUACAUCAAGUUCCUGUCACAAAGCUAACAAUUAAAAACCAGGAGAUAGAUGUUACAAGUGACAGCAUUGUUGACUAUACCAUUGUCUCUCCUCCCACAAUGACCUGCUGGCUUAUGUCUGCUGAAUCUGCCCUGCAGAGACCACUGACCGAUUUUUACGUUGCACAACUUUGAUUUGUAUGAUGGAAAAUGUAAUUUCAUGCAUUCUAUUAGUUUCUCCAUUAAUUACAAAGUCAAAUUGUCUUCAUGUAUCUUUAUCAAAACACUGUGGCUUAUCACAAAUGAAAAUAUUGCUCUGGUAACAAAGUCCUGGAAAAGUGCACGGGUUUGACCCUCAAUGUCAA